AUGGAUCACGAUCUCAUCCCCGACGAGGAGUCCGUUUACAGAAUGCCGAAGCACCCCUCCCACCGCGCGCUCCCGGGCGUCUGCCUUCCCCUCUCCCACGCCUCCUCCUCCUCUGGCCCCACCUGUCUCAGCUACCGCCCCUGCUCUUGCCUCCCUUCAUCAUCUUCGUCGUCUUCAUCCUCCUCCUUCUCCUCUCUCUCCUCUUCCUUAGAUCCCCAGUUUCCCGCCAGAUCCAGCGUCUCCGGCGCGGUCGGCCGCGUCUCGGCCCUCAUCGACAGAGAGCCGGCGUUUCAACGGUCGAGAUCGGUCGCGGUUCCGCUCGUACGGAUGAGACCGGAGGAGGAGGACGAGGGGAGGUCGGAGAAGGGGAGGAAAUGGGGGAGGAUCUGGGGAUUCUUGAAGACGAAGGAGAAGGAGGAGGCCGAGAAGAUCGAGAAGCUGCCGAGGUCGAGAUCCGUCGGGGUUCCGAUCUUGAAGGGGAGGAAGUGGAGUUUUCCGAGCCCGAUGAGGGUUUUCCGAUCGAAGAAGACGGCCAAAGUCGUUCAAGAACGGUCGCCGUCGUCGAUUUUAAGGUAGAGGAAUUGGAAUUUUUUGCCCCCUUGACUUCGAUGUUAUUAUUUGUAAAUAAUAUUAUGUUUUUUUUCGGGGGGUAAAUUACGGGAUCAGUGUGUGUGAUAGGAUUCUUUAGAUCUUUUCUCUUUAGUCAGUUAAUUUGUAUAAAUUGGCUGAUAUUAUUCCUAA